UCGGCUUUCCCUGCCGGUCCCGCCCUCCGUCGCGGCGGCGCGGUGUAUCUUGGGAUAGGGAGCGAUCUCCGAGCGAGGCAGCAAGAUGGACGCGGGAUUCUUCCGCGGAACAAGUGCAGAACAGGAUAAUCGGUUCAGCAACAAACAGAAGAAGUUACUGAAGCAGCUGAAAUUUGCAGAAUGCCUAGAAAAAAAGGUGGAUAUGAGCAAAGUAAAUUUGGAGGUUAUAAAGCCUUGGAUAACAAAACGAGUAACGGAAAUCCUUGGGUUUGAAGAUGAUGUUGUGAUUGAGUUUAUAUUCAACCAGCUGGAAGUGAAGAAUCCAGACUCCAAAAUGAUGCAAAUCAACCUGACUGGGUUUUUGAAUGGAAAAAAUGCUAGAGAAUUUAUGGGAGAACUGUGGCCCCUGCUCUUAAGUGCACAAGAAAACAUCGCUGGAAUCCCUUCUGCUUUUCUAGAACUGAAGAAAGAAGAAAUAAAACAAAGACAAAUUGAACAAGAAAAGUUGGCAUCUAUGAAAAAGCAAGAUGAAGACAAGGAUAAGAGGGAUAAGGAAGAAAAAGAAAGCAGCAGAGAAAAAAGGGAGAGGUCUCGGAGCCCAAGAAGAACCAAGAGCCGGAGUCCUUCCCCUGCUCCAGAAAAGAAGGAAAAAACUCCAGAGCUCCCAGAACCAUCAGUGAAAGUAAAAGAACCUUCAGUACAAGAGGCCACUUCUACUAGUGACAUCCUGAAAGUUCCCAAACCUGAACCUGUACCAGAGCCUAAAGAACCUUCUCCGGAGAAAAAUUCCAAAAAAGAAAAGGAGAAGGAGAAGACCCGACCAAGAUCUCGGUCACGUUCCAAAUCAAGAUCCCGGACACGGUCUCGCUCUCCUUCUCAUACUCGACCUAGACGGCGUCAUAGAUCCCGAUCAAGAUCAUACUCCCCGAGAAGGCGGCCAAGCCCGAGAAGGCGGCCAUCUCCUCGAAGAAGAACUCCACCAAGACGAAUGCCACCUCCACCCAGGCAUAGAAGAAGUAGAUCUCCAGUGAGACGAAGAAGGCGUUCAUCAGCGUCCUUGUCUGGAAGUAGUUCGUCGUCUUCUUCGUCUCGUUCCCGGUCACCGCCAAAGAAGCCUCCUAAGAGGACAUCCAGCCCCCCUCGGAAGACUCGUAGGUUAUCUCCUUCAGCAAGUCCUCCGAGGCGAAGGCAUAGGCCAUCGCCUCCGGCAACUCCACCGCCAAAAACUCGUCGUUCCCCAACACCCCAGCAGUCAAACCGUACAAGAAAAAGUCGGCUUUCUGUCUCUCCAGGGAGAACUUCAGUGACAAAACACAAAGGUACUGAGAAAAGAGAGUCCCCUUCACCAGCACCUAAGCCUAGAAAAGUAGAGUUAUCUGAAUCGGAAGAAGAUAAAGGUGGCAAAAUGGCUGCAGCAGAUUCUGUGCAGCAGAGACGUCAGUACAGACGACAGAACCAGCAGUCUUCAUCUGAUUCUGGCUCCUCUUCUUCCUCAGAAGAUGAGCGACCCAAAAGGUCCCAUGUGAAGAAUGGUGAGGUAGGCAGGCGGCGGAGACAUUCCCCUUCCCGGAGUGCCUCUCCAUCACCUCGAAAGCGCCAGAAAGAGACUUCCCCUCGGAUGCAAAUGGGAAAGCGAUGGCAAUCGCCAAUGACUAAAAGUGGUAGACGGAGGAGGACCCCCUCCCCGCCACCCACCAGAAGGCGCCGUUCUCCUUCUCCUGCCCCUCCUCCUCGAAGGCGCAGGUCUCCCACACCACCACCUCGACGAAGGACUCCUUCUCCUCCCCCCCGGCGCCGCUCACCUUCCCCAAGAAGAUACUCUCCUCCAAUACAGAGGAGAUACUCUCCUUCUCCGCCUCCAAAGAGAAGAACGGCUUCUCCACCUCCCCCUCCUAAACGUAGGGCAUCGCCAUCUCCACCACCAAAGCGCCGGGUCUCCCAUUCUCCACCUCCCAAACAGAGAAGCUCCCCGGUCACCAAGAGACGUUCGCCUUCGUUAUCAUCAAAGCAUAGGAAAGGGUCUUCCCCGAGCCGAUCUACCCGGGAGCCCCGGUCGCCACAACCAAACAAACGGCAUUCGCCCUCACCACGGCCUCGAGCUCCUCAGACCUCCUCAAGUCCUCCACCUGUUCGAAGAGGAGCAUCAUCGUCACCCCAAAGAAGGCAGUCCCCAUCUCCAAGUACUAGGCCCAUUAGGAGAGUCUCCAGGACUCCGGAACCCAAAAAGACAAAGAAGGCUGCCUCACCAAGCCCUCAGUCUGUAAGGAGGGUUUCAUCCUCCCGAUCUGUCUCAGGAUCUCCUGAGCCGGCAGUUAAAAAACCCCCAGCACCUCAGUCUCCUGUCCAGUCUCAGUCACCCUCUACCAACUGGUCACCAGCGGUACCGGUCAAAAAGGCUAAAAGCCCAACACCAAGCCCAUCUCCGGCAAGGAACUCAGACCCCGAAGGAGGUGGAAAGAAAAAGAAGAAAAAGAAGGACAAGAAACACAAAAAGGAUAAGAAGCACAAGAAGCACAAAAAACACAAGAAGGAAAAGGCCGUGGCUGCAGCCGCUGCGGCUGCUGUAACCCCUGCAGCCAUUGCUGCUCCCACAACCACAUCAGCACAGGAGGAACCAGAAGCGGAGCCCGAGCCUAAGAAGGAGACCGAAAGCGAGCCCGAAGACAACCUCGAUGACUUAGAAAAGCACCUGCGUGAAAAGGCGCUGAGGUCGAUGCGGAAGGCUCAAGUGUCCCCACAGUCUUAGGUGGGAAUGUGUGUUACGAUGUACAUUUUAUUUGGUUUGUACGCAAUUCAAUUUCAAAAUUGCUAAAAUGUGUUUGAGCUUUAGACUAUAACAUUUGUUGUAAUAAUUGCUAGGUUGAAGUUCACCAUGUAAAAAAAAAAAGGGCAUGGAUUUACAUUGCAAAAGGUGUCCACAGUGUAUUAGUGACAUUCUUUCAUUGACAGCUGACAUAAAUUUCAUUUAGAGUGAAAUAUUUUAAGCCAAAAAAAAUCCCCUUUUUAAAAAAGGGGGUUUCAAUAUUGUUGGCAUUCUUAUGGUUUCUUUAAAGGCCUUGGCUAUUCCCAGAGGUUUUCCUUUCUUUUCGUUUUUGUUUUUUUUUUUUCCCCUUUAUUUUUUCUCAUUUGAGUCUUAGCACCCAUUUAAGUUAUGAUGCUUUCAACCUCGUAUGGUUUGCAAGCUAGCCCAGAAAUAAGACCACUGUUGAACUACCACAAAAGUAUAAAUGAACAUUUUGAUGCCACAAUCUUUCCUGUUGCCUGUGGAGUCUCUGCUGAAAUGAAUCCAGAUUCGAGCUCUAGGAUGAGACGGAAAAUGAAAGCAUGUUGUUUGCCAGGACACUGUGGGUUUAUAUGGAUGUGUAACAAGUUGAUUUGGAACACUGGAAUUUCAUUCUAUUCUGUUGUGUUUUUUUUGUAAAGGCAAUUAACUAGUCCCAGGAAGGAUCCUUCAGUUACAUAAAAGUUUGUUUUAUGAAAUGUCACGGCUCCAUUCAUAAUUUUGUCUUGUUCUUCCAACUGGUAUAUACAACUUUCAGAGCUCUCUCAUAUUUGGAAGGCUGGAAGGGCCCAGACUUUGAAAUAGUGUCUUGUUUUCACUGUUUUUGUUUUGUUUUUUUGUUUUUUUUUUUUUUUAAACUAAAGCUAUAUAAAGCUUGUGGAUUAAACAGAAUAAAUUUCUAAAUUUAAAAACG